CCCUCCCCACUCCAGCCGAAGGGGAGGGGGAAGAGAUGAGCCUCGCAUUGUUCCCCUGGUAGGCGACUCCUCCCGGGCCAUGGGCUCCUCGCCUUUGUUCCCCGCGUGAGCCAGCCCUUUCCGAGCGCCCCCUUCUCGGCACCCGAGGCCAAGCGAGGAACCCUGCCGGGGCGACAUGGACGUGACCAUUUCCGAACUCCUGGAGCUCCUUCUGCAGAGCCCCUUGGUGACCUGGGUGAAAACGUUUGGACCAUUAGGGAAUGGUAACGAAGAAAAGCUCGCAAUGUACAUGGAUCUAGUAGAUGGAGUCUUCCUGAACAAAAUAAUGUUGCAAGUAGAUCCACGGCCAACAAACCAGCGUGUCAAUGAACCUGUCAACAAUGAUAUCAACCUCCGGAUUCAAAACCUCACUAUCUUGGUCAGAAACAUCAAGACCUAUUAUCAGGAGGUCCUCCAGCAACUUAUCAUAAUGAAUUUGCCAAAUGUCUUGAUAGUUGGCAAAGAUCCUCUGUCUGGUAAAAGUAUGGAUGAAAUUAAAAAGCUGCUUCUGUUGGUGUUGGGUUGUGCCGUGCAGUGUGAAAGAAAAGAAGAAUUCAUUGAAAAGAUAAAACAACUAGAUAUUGAAACUCAGGCUGCAAUUGUUUCACACAUCCAAGAGGUAACACAUAAUCAGGAGAAUGUAUUCGACUUACAGUGGCUAGAGCUCCCAGAUAUGGCCCCAGAAGAGCUAGAGUCUCUCUCCAGAAAUAUGGUUUUCCAUCUGAAGAGGCUGAUUGAUGAGAGAGAUGAAUGCACAGAGUUAAUUGUAGAUCUCACUCAGGAGAGAGAUUACCUACAAUCCCAACAGCCACCAAGUCCUCUGAAAACCUCAAGUCCAGCCUCUUCCCCUAGUCCAGCCAGCCGCCUCUCCAAUGAGGACAAACAGCAUCUAUCUGUGGAGCUUGCAGACACAAAGGCUAAACUAAGGAGGAUCAGACAAGAGCUGGAAGAAAAAUCAGAGCAACUUGUUGACACUAGGCAUGAAGUGGAUGAGCUAGUCCUGGAGCUGCAGAAAAUAAAGCAGGAGAACAUUAACCUCAUGGCAGAUGCCCGCUCUGCUCGGGCCUAUAGAGAUGAAUUGGAUUCCUUAAGAGAAAAAGCAAACAGAGUGGAGAGACUUGAGAUGGAGCUGGUCCGGUGUAAAGAAAAACUGCAUGACGUGGAUUUCUACAAGGCACGAAUGGAGGAGCUUAGAGAAGAUAACAUCAUAUUGAUUGAGACGAAGACAAUGCUAGAAGAGCAGUUGAUGAUCGCAAGAGCUCGUGGUGAUAAAUUGCAUGAACUUGAAAAGGAGAACUUGCAGUUGAAAUCCAAACUUCAUGAUAUAGAACUGGACAGGGAUACCGACAAAAAGAGAAUUGAAGAGCUGCUGGAAGAGAAUAUGGUGUUGGAGAUUGCUCAGAAGCAAAGCAUGAAUGAGUCUGUCCACCUGGGCCGGGAACUGGAGCAGCUGUCGAAGAGCACCGAUCUCUCAGAUACAAGGAAAUCUUUUGUCUUUGAACUGAACGAAUGUGCAUCGAGUCGCAUCUUGAAGCUUGAAAAGGAUAACCAGAGCCUGCAAAACGUCAUCCAGGAGCUCAGGGAUGCAUCUGUAACAACUGAAGAGAAUAGCCUUAAAUUUGUGGAACUGCAAAAUGAGAACCAACAGCUUGGCCAAAAGAUCGAGAAGCUGCAGAACCAGAUUGAAAGAGAGAAGCAAAGUAACCAAGACAUGGAGACUUUAAGUGAGGAGCUCCUCAGAGAGAAGGAAGAGCUUCAGGGCAUGAUGGAGACCUUGAAGGCUGACAAAGAGAGACAGAUGAAAGACCUGGAAAAAGAAACGGACCAUCUCAAUCAAGUGGUUUUGUCUCUGAGGCAGAGGUCUCAAGUCAGUAGUGAGGCCAGAGUGAAAGACAUUGAACUGGAAAACAAAGUACUUCAUGAAACGGUUUCAGAAACCAGUAGCAAGCUCAGCAAGCUGGAGUUUGAGAAGAAGCAAUUGCAGAAGGAUUUUGAGCAGGUUAAAGAAAAAGUGGAAAGAGUAGAAGAAAUGGACAAAGAGCUUCACCGGUUGGAGAGAGAGAAUGAGCAGCUCACAAAGAAAGUUGCUGCCAUGAAAAUUACUACAGAGAAAGUGGAGGUUCUUGAGCAAGAAAACGGGGAUCUUGAAGUAGAGAACCGGAAGCUAAAAAAAUCUCUAGAUACCUUACACAAUGUUUCUGUCCGGCUGGAAAGCUUGGAAAAAGACAACAAGGAGCUAGAUGAGGAGAACCUGGAACUUAGGAGAAUGGUAGAGGCAAUGCGUUUUACCAGUGCAAAAAUGACCCAGCUCGAGGCCGAAAAUAAAGAGCUGGAAAGGGAAAAGGAGGAACUUAGGAAAAAUGUGGAGAUGUUAAAAGUUCUGGUUAAGAAAUCGGAAAGAUUGGAGCUGAGUUACCAGAGUGUGAAUGCUGAGAACCAAAGACUCGAGCAGAUAUUAGAAAAUAGCAGUAAGAAAAUCCAGCAGUUGGAGAAAGAACUCCAAGGUGUUGAAAGUGACAAUCAAACCCUUCAGAGGAAAUUAGAGGAGCUGAGAGUCUCAAAUAAGCAGAUGGAGUGGUUGGAAAAGGAGAAGAAAUUGUUAGAGCAAGAAGUGUCCCAACUGGAUAAAGAUAAGAAGACGUUGGAGAAAGAGACGAAAAGGCUUUGGCAGCAGGUGGAGCUGAAAGAUGUUAGUUUGGAUGAGAACACUGUAAAACUAGCAGCAAUGGAGAAGGAAAAUAAAAUACUAGAAAGAGAACUUUCCAGAUUCAGAGACUUGUCCACUAAGAUGAAAGAAUUUGAAAAGGAGAAUAAAGACCUCCUUAAGCAAGUUACCAUUGAUAAGAGAACACUAGCGACAUUGAGAGAGGAUUUGGUUCUUGAGAAGUUAAAGAGCCAGAGGCUGUCUUGUGACAUGGACAAGCUGGACCAAGAACUGGAGAAGAUUGGAUUGAAUAAGGAGCUGCUCCUAGAAGAUGAUAAUGGCAACCAUGACAAGAAAUAUAAGAUCUUGGAAAGCAAAAGUGAAUGUGCUUUGAAGACCACAUUAGCUAAUAAAGAAGAGAAAAUCAUUUUAUUGGAGGCCCAAUUGCAAGAGUUCCUUAACUUAAAUCAGCAGUUGCGGGAUGAACUAAAUACGAUGAGGAGAAAGGACAUUGAAGUUCUCAAGCAGAAGCAAGAGGACGGAAUGCAUGUGCAAGAUUCAUUAAAGCAACCCAUUGAAAACUUUGUUUCCAGUCAUCAGACAAAGGAAAAGUGGGAAAAGGGUCACAAGGAAGCAACGAUGGAGCUUCUGAAAGUAAAAGACAGAGCUAUAGACCUGGAAAGGAAUAAUGCAGCCUUGCAUGCAGAAAAGCAGCUUCUUAAAGAACAGCUAAGGCAUUUGGAAACUCAGAACACCUCCUUCAACAAUCAGAUCCUGACACUACAAAAGCAAAAUGCCUGUCUUCAAGAGCACAACACUGCAAUGCAAAUGCAAACAGCCAAGCUCCAGGUAGAGAACUCAACCCUAAAUUCCCAGAGUGCCUCCUUGAUGGCCCAGAACACCCUACUCCAAAACCAGCAGCUGGCUAAGGAGAAUGAGUAUGACAACCUGCUGAAACACAAAGAGCAGCUCAAAACGGAGUACGAGUCCCUCCUUCAAGACCACGAGCACCUAGCAUCGCUGCAUGAGCGGCAGUCUACGGAAUAUGAAAAGUUGAUAAAACAGCACAGCUGCCUCAAAAUGCUGCACAAAAAUCUUGACCUGGAGCACAAAGAUCUGGGAGAAAGAUAUAACGGCUUGAUACAGCACAAAGCCAAAUUGGAAGAGCUGGAGAUGGUUUUAAAAACAGAAAAAGACUUUCUACAACAGGAAAAGAGAGCGAGCACAAUAGCGACUGCAGAGAACCAGAAGCUGAGAGAAGAACUGGAAAGGGUGAAUUUCUUACACAGCAAGCUCAAAGUAGAGUAUGAAGGGCUUCAUAUCCACACUAAGGAGUUGAAAACAUCUUUGAAUAAUUCCCAACUAGAACUGAAUCGUUGGCAAGCUCACUAUGAUGAGUUGAAGGAACAACACCAAAACAUGGACAUCUCCUUGACCAAACUGGACAACCACUGUGAGCUGCUCGCUCGACUAAAAGGAAACUUAGAAGAAGAGAAUCACCAUCUCCUAAGUCAGAUCCAGAUGCUGAGUCAGCAGAACCAAAUGUUGCUGGAGCAGAACAUGGAGAACAAGGAACAGUACCAUGAGGAACAGAAGCAAUAUAUUGAUAAACUAAAUGCCUUAAGGAGACACAAAGAAAAACUGGAGGAGAAAAUAAUGGAUCAGUAUAAGUUUUAUGAUCCAGCUCCAAAAAAGAAAAACCACUGGAUAGGAGCUAGAGCCUUGGUUAAACUCAUUAAGCCAAAGAAAGAGGCUGCAAGAGAACAGCUGAAAUCUUCAGCCGAGAGCCCUCCAUGGCCCUCCGAAAGCACAGACACUGCAGGGUCGCCAUCUCCUUCACAGCUGCCCAAGCAGCAGGAAAGUCUGGAGAACACCUCUGUAGAGUCCAACUCCAUGGAAGGUAGAGAACUUGAUAAUGGAUCUGCGGGCAAAGUGGAUUCAAAGCUGAAGAGGUUUUCUCAUUACGGAGGCAGCAGUGACCACAUUGAAAAUGCCACAGACUCUGCUAUCAAGCACUGCUCUAUGGAGCCAAGUUCCAGGAUGUACUCAGCCUCAGCCACCUACUUGGCCACCUCAAGUUCUACUCCCACCUCUAGACAACAAAACAGACCCAAAGGUCAUAAUUCAGAUGGUGAUCUGUGUGAAAACCUCCCUGAGGUAGAGCUUUCAAACAAGAAGCACAUUUCCAGGCCAAACAGCUUAGAGAAUAGUGAAAAUGCAUCCACCAGCAGCUCUCCUUUAAACUUGAAAGGAUCUUUUGACCGUAUUCGUGGCAGAUCAGAGAGUCUCAGCAGUGAAGAUAUGGCGCUGAGUAAAGACGUGCUUGGCUCAUCUAGAGAAGGCCUGUUUUGUCCCAUCUCUUCUACUAUUGGGGCCUCAAACACUAAGCCCAGCCCCUCCCUUGUUAGGAAUGGCUUGUUCUCAUACGAUAUACCUCAGAAAAGUAACCAAGCCCAGGUGCCGCCUGUCAGGCACCGAUCCGCCUCUCCGGGCAGUGAGAUGGUAACCUUGGAAGAAUUCCUGCAAGAAAGUAACAGACUUUCUCCCCUGAAUGAUCCAUCCAGUAGAGAUGACUUGUUGAGUGACUAUUUCAGAAAAGCAAAUGAGCCUCCAUCUGUUGGAAGUCAGGUUUCUCAGGCCAACAGGAAAGAGACAACCAAGACACCCACCAGCUAUGUCACUCCAACCGUAAAGAUGCCCAGCACUAAUGAAGACGGAAGGUCAACAAAGCCAGGCCAUUAUGUCAAACCAAACCUUAGGCCAACUGAAUCGGAGCUUCUGGCAAACUCCACAGGUUCCUACAAGCUGACUCAUGCAUCUCAAAAUCAGGCCAGCAGGGGAUCAAGGCAGGUGGCACAGGCUCAGCUGUGCAACAGCACGAGCAGGCAGAGCACAUCACUUAACCGUGCAUUCAGCUUGGCUUCAGCGGACCUCCUCAGAGCCACUGGCCCAGAGAUAUACAGGCGCUAUGAUAGCCUCCCGAAGCCUGUGACUGCAGAUAUCCAUAUGGGCAAGGACUCAGACAGCCAGACUCUCCAAGCUGCCAGCUCUCAGGUCUCCAUGCGAGAGAGGCCACAGUCUGCAAAGGUGGUGGGUUCUUUGCAAAGUGUUGAUUCUCGCUGUCGACAGCUUGAUGUUAGACGCCUGUCUCUAGCGCCUCCAAAAGAUGACAGGUCGCUCUUGUUGCCUCCAUUUUCUUACUCUCCCACCACAUCUAAGGAUGAUCUGAACUCUUUGCCGCAGGAACGAGCGAAAGGUGUGGAGCAGCACUAUUCCUCUCCACAGUAUGCUACAUCUAAAAUAAAAUCUAAGCCAGCGUUGCGGUCUGGGGAAGUGGCCACUGUGACUCCUGUCAGAGUUGUCUCUGGCAGCACCGAGGGGAGCAAUCCCCAAGCGCCAGGCGCAAAUGACACCUCCUUUGCCAAGUGCCAGAAUCGAUCACCUGAAAAUAAAAACCUGGCAGGGGGCACCGAAGAAGCAAACAGAGGGCUCAGUUCCAAGAACCCUCCAUCAUCACCAGAUCCCCAUGGUGAUCAGCAGACUGUUUGGUAUGAAUACGGCUGUGUGUGAUGGGUUCUUUCUCAUUCCCCUCCCCCCACAUUCCCCGAGAGAUGUAUAGUAUGUGCUUUACUACUGAAAACUGAGUGACUUUGGGAGUUAUGAUUUCUCUAAACGCAGAGCCGCCUGCAUAUUGUCUCAACUGUCUUCUAGAUGCUUACAGCAUAGAAGAAUAGAAAGCAUUGGUAUCGCUGAGGUGAAAGAUUGCCAAAUAUGGCUGCUCUUGUGCCUGCAAGACCACAUCAACAGCUUAAGCAUGCCCUCCAAUUCUUGCUCUCCCCCAAAUCCAGGAAUUAAUCCAGGAAUUAAAUUGAAUUUGCAAAAGCACAGAGAAUUGUAUCCAAUGUUAAUCUUCUGGGACUUAAAUUAGACUAACAUUGGAUACAACUCAGGGUACUCAUUGUUUUGCUUUUCUUGUUCACCCUCUGGCCCUGUAAUUUUGAUUGGAAAAGUGUGUGUGUGUGUGUGUGUGUGUGUGUGUGUACUGAACUCAAGCCUUAUUGAAAGUACAGCAGAACACACCUCUCCUUUUUAUUUUGCCAUGACAGGUUCUUUUUACUAAUCUUUAAGUCUCCUCCUGGGUCUGGUUCAAGAGCUGCUGCUUAAAAGUAGGAUGACUAAAAUGGCUAGUUUCUGCCUCGAUCUCGUGUUCUCGUGACCGUCAAAGUACAUUAGAGGCCUGUCAAAUGUUCUGGGGUUUUAUUUUGUUUUUGUUUGUUCUUUGCUGCCCCUACACUGUGGUGCAGUAGAGGUGCUGCCUUUUUAUAGAUAAAAAGAUAGAUAUGCUUAAUGUUUUAUGGAAAACACUGGAACUGAUGCACCUUUAAAUGGUGAAUCUCUAUGCACUAGACUGACAUGUUUACUAUUGCAUACAUUAAAUUACUUUGUGGUUCUGUUCGGUGCCUAGAGAAAACACCCUGUUAUUCUGCUUGUCUCCUAAUGUAUACAAUUGCUUGUAUCCUAAAUGAUGUACAGCAGAUUCAUUUGAUGACACUCAUGAAUCUGUACAACAGAUUCACGUGAUGCUGCAAUCCUCAAACUAGUUUGCCCAAGUUGAGCCUAUCUCAUCAAGUAGUUGAGGAUUUCAGUUCUAGCGUCUAACUUGAUCUUUAUAGAAACCAAAAUGCAUUUAUAAUGCACAUGAAAGAAAUGCUUUCUAUUAAAUCAUAUUUAUGCCCAUAUGAAGUCUUUUACACUUCAAUGAACUCCAUUGACUGCUUAUGUAUGUGUUUUUUUGUUGUUUUGCUUGUAAAGAGGUGUUUUCUUUGUAACAGAUUAACAAAAUUGUAAAACUUCUCUUGAUUUGUGACUUAUUAUAGUGAGAGAACACACAAUCUGUAACAAUUGCACACAACCAGUGACUGGUGUGUUUCAUAGUGUGUAGCAAUCACAUUGUAAGAAGAGCAAGUUUGUCUAUAAUAAAGCCUUUUUAAAACUACA